AUGGUUGUCACAACAGCAAGGGACUUUCAGGUGCAUUGGCUCUGUUGUGGGAGCUACGGGGAAGGUGCUAUGGUGCUGUGUAAAUUGCAGCUAGUUAAUGUUGCAGUUGGAGUUGCAGCUGCGGGAAAUGCAGAGUUGUUGAGGCUCCAAGAAGAACAGGCCAAGGAAGCACUGCAGAAGGUUGGGAAGCGCCAUGCUGGUGCAACACUCGGAAUUGCCUAUAAUGAGAAGUUUGAGGAAAAUGAGGAGCCUGUACAGCAGGAAAAUGAAAAUGAAUCUGAAGAUGAAGAAUCCAAAAAUGAAAAUGAGGAGCCUGCACAGGAAAAUGAAAAUGAGUCAGAAGAGGGUGAAUCUGACAAUGAAUCUGAAGAAGAAGGUGAAUCGGACGUUGAGCCCGACUUGGAGGCAACGAAUCGUUUAUUGUGGAUGAAAUCGCUGAAGAGAUUGAUGAUAAUGGAGACAGUCUGA